AUGUGGCCCAAUAUUAGUGGGGCCCCCUUUUUGCUUACUGGCUUCCCAGGCCUGGAGGCUGUUCAUCACUGGAUCUCCAUCCCCUUCUUUGCAGUGUAUGUGUCUGUAUUUCUUGGCAAUGGCACACUCCUCUACCUCAUCAAGGAUGACCACAGCCUUCAUGGACCCAUGUACUACUUCCUUGCUAUGCUGGCAGGCACAGACCUCACAGUGACGCUGACCACGAUGCCUACGGUAAUGGGUGUCUUAUGGGUGAAUCACCGGGAGAUGAACCACGGGGCCUGCUUCUCGCAGGCCUACAUCAUCCACUCUCUUUCGAUUGUGGAAUCGGGUAUCUUGCUUGCCAUGGCCUAUGACCGUUUUAUUGCCAUCCGCAUUCCUCUGAGGUAUAACUCUAUCCUUACCAAUUCCAGGGUGAUAGAGAUAGGACUGGGGGUACUGUUGAGGGGCUUUUUGUCCCUUGUGCCUCCAAUCCUGGCACUCUAUCAGUUCCCAUACUGUCGGUCCCACGUUCUUUCCCACGCCUUUUGCCUCCAUCAAGAUGUCAUGAAACUUGCCUGUGCUGAUAUUACAUUUAAUCGCUUAUACCCUGUUAUUCUGGUUGCUUUAACUUUCUUCCUUGAUGCUCUGAUCAUUGUCUUUUCUUAUAUCUUAAUCCUGAAGACAGUUAUGGGCAUUGCCUCCGGGGAGGAGCAAGCUAAAGCUCUCAACACUUGUGUUUCCCAUAUUAGCUGUGUCCUGGUAUUUUACAUCACUGUGAUUGGCCUGACUUUCAUCCAUAGGUUUGGGAAACAUGCCCCUCACGUAGUUCAUAUUACAAUGAGCUAUGUUUAUUUUCUAUUUCCUCCAUUCAUGAACCCCAUUAUAUACAGCAUCAAGACCAAGCAGAUUCAGAAAAGCAUUGUUUGUCUAUUUUCUGGGCACAGGAGGGCUUGA